AUGCCUCCUAUAAGACGAAGCAAUUUAGGUAGAAGAACCAGAAAUGCUACAAACCAAGCUAAUUACCGAUCUAAUUCACAAACGCGUGAAGCGCGAGCAAGUUUGAAUCGAGCUGCUUUUAGUUACGAUGUGUCAAUUGACUACAGUAACUACCAAUGUGUUGUUAUUGGUUCUAUGAACUCGGUUUGCUCACACUGUAAGGCAUUAAAAUACAAAAACGAAGCCAAUGGAUUGUGUUGCGCAAAUGGUAAAGUGAAAUUGAUACCAUUGGAUCCACCACCAGAACCAUUGUACUCAUUGGUUUCAGGAAUAGGAACAGAUUCUAUACACUUUUUGACAAAUAUCCAACAAUAUAACAAUUGCUUUCAAAUGACUUCAUUUGUGGCAACAAAUGUAGUUCGGGAAAAUUUUAUGCCAACUUUCAAGUUUGAUCACCGACAAUCCAUUAAUUUAUACCACACCAUAAUAUAUUUUUUUUAUUUACAGAUACAAGGGCAAAUAUAUCAUAGAGCAGGUUCACUGUUACCAGUGUCAGAUAGCGACAACAAAUUCCUGCAAAUUUAUUUUAUGGGCAAUUCACCACAAGAAAUUGAUCUGCGUUGUGCACAUAACAAUUUAGUAAAGAGGUCUAUUGUAGAACAAUUACAAACUUUAUUUCAUCAGCACAAUCAAUUGAUUAUAUUGUUUAAAACUGCCCUGGAUCUGAUGCCAUCCGAUAAUCACAAAAUUGUAAUCAGAGCUGAUAAAACACCUGCAGGUCAACAUACAAGACGUUUUAAUGCACCAACUAUUGAUGAAGUUGCUAUCGUUGUAGUUGGAGAAAACUUGGAAUCCCGUGAUAUUGUUUUACGUCGUCGGAAUGAUCAAUUACAACGUAUAAAGGAAACACACCGCUCAUAUGAUGCACUGCAAUAUCCCAUUAUAUUUUGGCAAGGUGAAGAUGGCUACGAUUUCUCAAUAAAAAUGAUAAAUCCCAUUGCAGGUUCUGAAACCAACAAAAAAGUCAGUUCAAUGAACUAUUAUUCAUACCGCCUAAUGAUUCGGGAAAAUGAAGAUAAUCACAUAUUGAAAUGUCGGCGAUUAUAUCACAAAUAUGUUGUUGACAUGUAUGUUAAAAUUGAAACGGAAAGAUUAACAUUCAUCAGGUUGAAUCAAACCAAACUCCGAUCUGAAGAGUAUAUUCACCUUCGAGAUGCGAUUAAUACUGAUGGAAAUGCACAGAAUGUCGGUCGGAUGACUAUUCUUCCAGCAACAUACAUCGGAAGCCCUCGGCAUAUGCACGAAUAUGCUCAAGAUGCCAUGUCGUAUGUUCGUCAUUAUGGUACAGCAGAUUUGUUCAUCACAUUUACAUGCAAUCCGCAAUGGAUAGAAAUCAAUCAGGAGUUAUUCUCUGGGCAAUCACCCAUUGAUCGUCAUGAUAUUACAGCCAGAGUCUUUAGACAAAAGUUGAAAUCUUUAAUGGAUUUCAUCGUAAAACAUAAUGUGUUUGGUGAGACACGCUGCUGGAUGUAUUCUGUGGAGUGGCAGAAACGAGGAUUGCCACAUGCACACAUUUUGAUUUGGUUGGUUGAAAAUAUAAGGCCAAAUGAAGUUGAUGCAGUGAUAUCAGCUGAAAUCCCUAAUGUACAAGUAGAUCCUGGAUUGCAUGAGGUAGUUAUCAAAAACAUGAUACAUGGUCCCUGUGGAACUCUUAAUCAAAAUUCACCGUGUAUGAUGGAUGGUAAAUGUUCAAAACGAUAUCCACGGACAUUAAUAUCGGAAACAAUUACUGGUAAUGACGGUUAUCCAUUGUAUCGUCGCAGAUCGACAGCAGACAAUGGAAAAUCAACAAUUGUCAAAUUAAAUCAACAAGAUAUUGAAAUAGAUAAUCGUUGGAUUGUUCCAUAUUCACCCAUUUUAUCAAAGACAUUCAAAGCACACAUCAACGUUGAAUCUUGCCAUUCAGUGAAAUCUAUUAAAUACAUUUGCAAAUAUGUAGCCAAAGGGAGUGAUAUGGCUGUGAUUGGAAUUGGUGCAGAGAAUUCCAAUGAUGAAGUUACCCAAUACCAAAUGGGCCGCUAUGUCAGUAGUAAUGAAGCAGUUUGGCGAAUAUUUUCUUUUCCUAUUCAUGAGAGACACCCUUCUGUUGUUCACUUAGCUGUGCAUUUAGAAAAUGGACAAAGAGUGUAUUUUACAGCACAGAACGCAGUACAAAGAGCUGCUCAGCCACCAUCUACUACAUUAACCAGUUUUUUUGAGACAUGCCAAAACGAUGAUUUCGCACAAACAUUGCUAUAUUCUGAAAUGCCAAAAUAUUAUACCUGGAAUCAAUCCUCAAGGAGAUUUAUACGACGGAAACAAGGAAAACCAGUUCCAGGAUAUACAGAUGUAUAUUCCACCGAUGCGAUUGGCCGGAUUUAUUCAGUACAUCCAAGCAAUGAUGAAUGUUUUUACUUACGACUGCUAUUAGUCAAUGUACGUGGCCCAACAUCAUUCCAACAGUUACGAACUGUUGAUGGUGAAUUGUGUGUAUCCUACAGAGAAGCCUGUCAACGUUUGCAAUUGCUUGAAAAUGACGCUCAUUGGGAUCAAACUCUCAAUGAUGCUGUAAUAUCAUCACACGCUCAUCAAAUACGAACAUUGUUUUCUAUAAUCAUAUCUACAUGCUUCCCAUCAAGCCCAAUUGAUUUGUGGAUCAAGUACAAAGAUUAUAUGUGUGAUGAUAUUUUGUAUCAAAUACAGAAUAGAAUGGGAAAUCCAAAUAUACAAAUCAGUGAAGAAAUUUACAAUGAAGCAUUGAUUUCAAUUGAGGACAUGUGCUUGAUAAUGUCAAACAAACUAUUAAUUCAAUUAGGCCUGACCGCGCCCAAUCGUCCAAUGCAUGACGCUUUUAACCAAGAGUUGCAUCGAGAAAGACUGUAUGAUCUCAACGAUUUGAAAGAAUUAAUUCAAACAAAUCUUCCACUGUUAAAUGAACAACAGAAGUAUGUAUUUGAAACUCUUAUGAAAGUAACAAAUGAUGAAACUGGAGGGAUUUACUUCUUAGAUGCACCUGGUGGUACAGGAAAAACUUUUUUGAUUUCAUUAAUAUUAGCAACAAUUCGCUCACAAAAUAAAAUUGCACUUGCACUCGCUUCGUCGGGAAUCGCGCAGCAACUUUGCUUGAAGGUGGUCGAACAGCCCAUUCAGCACUAA